AUGCCGGUCGUCGUCUCGGGCUCUCCUGGGAAAAGUGAGGUGACCGAGGGCGCGGGGACACGGAGUGAGGAGACCGAGGGCGCGGGGACACGGAGUGAGGUGACCGAGGAUGAAGGGACACAGAGUGAGGAGACCGAGGGCGCGGGGACACAGAGUGAGGAGACCGAGGGCGCGGGGACACAGAGUGAGGUGACCGAGGGCGCGGGGACACAGAGUGAGGUGACCGAGGAUGAAGGGACACAGAGUGAGGAGACCGAGGGCGCGGGGACACGGAGUGAGGUGACCGAGGAUGAAGGGACACAGAGUGAGGAGACCGAGGGCGAGGUGACCCUCAGAAGUGAGGAGACCGAGGGCGCGGGGACACGGAGUGAGGUGACCGAGGGCGCGGGGACACGGAGUGAGGAGACCGAGAGCGCGGGGACACGGAGUGAGGAGACCGAGGAUGAAGGGACACAGAGUGAGGAGACCGAGGGCGCGGGGACACGGAGUGAGGAGACCGAGGGCGCGGGGACACAGAGUGAGGAGACCGAGGGCGCGGGGACAGAUGAGGUGACCGAGGGCGCGGGGACACGGAGUGAGGAGACCGAGGGUGAGGGGACACAGAGUGAGGAGACCGAGGGCGCGGGGACACAGAGUGAGGUGACCGAGGGCGCGGGGACACAGAGUGAGGAGACCGAGGGCGCGGGGACACAGAGUGAGGAGACCGAGGGCGCGGGGACACGGAGUGAGGAGACCGAGGGCGCGGGGACACGGAGUGAGGAGACCGAGGGCGCGGGGACACAGAGUGAGGUGUCCGAGGGCGCGGGGACACAGAGUGAGGAGACCGAGGGCGCGGGGACAGAUGAGGUGACCGAGGGCGCGGGGACACAGAGUGAGGAGACCGAGGGCGCGGGGACACAGAGUGAGGAGACCGAGGGCGCGGGGACACAGAGUGAGGUGACCGAGGGCGCGGGGACACAGAGUGCGGUGACCGAGGGCGCGGGGACACGGAGUGAGGAGACCGAGGGCGCGGUGACACAGAGUGAGGUGACCGAGGGCGCGGGGACACGGAGUGAGGAGACCGAGGGCGCGGGGACACGGAGUGAGGUGACCGAGGGCGCGGGGACACAGAGUGAGGAGACCGAGGGCGCGGGGACACAGAGUGAGGUGACCGAGGGCGUGGGGACAGAGUGA